GCCCCCCCCUCCCCCCCCCGCUUCUUUUUUUCCCCUGCCUUUGGAUGAUGCUUUUCUGAAACGAUUGCCGCUUUCUUAGCUGCCGGAGAGAGGUGUCGGCUUGUAGGGGGACUUUACAACCUUCAGAGCAUCUGGAGAGAUUUCCUCACAGGGCAGAACUCAGGGUUAGCUCACUAUAAACGUAGAAAGAUUGCAAAUGUGAGGAAGGGCGGAGGUGUUUAAGCAGGUGGGUCAGGCUGCAGCAAGUAUUUAGGAAGACCAAGGCUGUGGUGGCAGAGAGCAAAGACCCAUCUGUUGUUUCAUCGUUUGUUUGUUUAUUCCUCCUCCUCAUGCCUUCCCCCUCCCUUAAAUCCAGGCACCGUUCACGCCUCUUGCAAAUGAGAUUUGGGCGAUGCUGAGAGAACAGCAUGUUGCAUGGCGUGUAUGUGCAUGCAUUCGCGGGGGUAGCAUACUCGGUCCUCAGCAUUUGCCUGUGAUCAGAAGAAAAUAGGAUGUGCCCAUAGCUGGAGGAGUGACAAUGCUAGCCGAGUGGAGCUCACCUGCUGGUGAUCUUUGCAGAGGCAUUUGAGGAUUAUUCAGCUCCAGAAGGACUGUGUGAGGAGUGCUAUCUCUGCCGUGGCUGAAAAUAGGAGGUGCCUACCCCUACCUGUCUUAAUUAUUCCUACCAAAAGGACCAUUUUGCCACCACUAUGGGAAGAAGCACUUGCUGCCACUGACAAGGGUAUGAGGAUUAUGACCUCAUGUGCAGCUCUGCAUAGCUAUCCACUUGGAGAUGAUGGUGACUACUUAGAGAACAGAUGCCAACUCCUGGUUAACAAUCAGCAUAGUGAUCCUGCUAUCCAGAAGAUUUGAUAACUACUUUUCAUCGCUCUCCAACUUUUUUCCAUCAUGUUGUCUCUACCAGCCUAAAAUUUCCUAAAAUGGUCCUUUUGCUGUUCCUUGCAAUCCUGCUGUUGAAGGAAGAUGUCUGCGGGAACAUUGGGCUUUUGGUUUCAGCACAGGCAAAUGAGAGAAGAGUGGUUGCACACAUGCCUGGUGAUAUUAUCAUUGGAGCUCUAUUCUCUGUCCAUCACCAACCAACUGUUGACAAAGUCCAUGAGAGGAAAUGUGGAGAGGUAAGAGAGCAGUACGGUAUUCAGAGAGUGGAGGCAAUGCUACAUACCCUUGACAGAAUUAAUUUGGACCCCACGCUAUUGCCAAAUAUAACAUUAGGAUGUGAAAUAAGGGACUCCUGCUGGCAUUCUGCUGUGGCUCUAGAGCAGAGCAUCGAGUUUAUAAGGGACUCUCUUAUUUCUUCAGAAGAAGAGGAAGGGAUGGUGCGAUGUGUGGAUGGAUCAUCAUCGUCUUUCCGCUCCAAGAAACCCAUUGUUGGUGUCAUUGGGCCUGGCUCCAGCUCUGUUGCUAUCCAGGUCCAGAACUUGUUACAGCUUUUCAAUAUACCUCAGAUUGCUUAUUCUGCCACAAGCAUGGACCUAAGUGACAAAACUCUGUUCAAGUAUUUUAUGAGAGUGGUGCCAUCUGACGCGCAGCAAGCAAAAGCGAUGGUGGACAUCGUCAAACGCUAUAACUGGACCUAUGUUUCUGCUGUACACACUGAAGGAAACUAUGGUGAAAGUGGGAUGGAAGCUUUCAAAGAUAUGGCAGCCAAGGAAGGGAUCUGCAUUGCACACUCCUACAAGAUCUACAGCAAUGCUGGCGAGCAGAGCUUUGACAAGCUGCUGCGAAAGCUUCGGAGCCACCUGCCCAAGGCUAGAGUGGUUGCCUGCUUCUGUGAAGGCAUGACUGUGAGAGGUCUCUUGAUGGCCAUGAGGCGCCUGGGACUCGCUGGAGAGUUUUUGCUGCUAGGCAGUGACGGCUGGGCAGACAGGUAUGACGUGACAGAAGGGUACCAGAACGAAGCUGUUGGUGGGAUAACGAUCAAGCUGCAGUCCCCAGACGUGAAAUGGUUCGAUGAUUACUACCUACAGCUCCGGCCAGAAACCAAUCAUCGGAAUCCAUGGUUUCAGGAAUUUUGGCAGCACAGGUUCCAGUGCCGGUUGGAAGGGUUUCCCCAAGAGAACCCUAAAUACAACAAGACCUGCACAAGCCAGAUGACUCUGAGGACGCAGCAUGUUCAGGACUCCAAGAUGGGCUUUGUAAUCAAUGCAAUAUACUCCAUGGCCUAUGGGCUCCACAACAUGCAGCUGUCCUUGUGCCCAGGCUACGUGGGCCUCUGUGAUGCCAUGAAGCCCAUAGAUGGUCGGAAACUCCUGGAAUCCCUCAUGAAGACAAACUUUACUGGGGUCUCUGGGGACAUGAUCUUGUUUGAUGAGAAUGGUGACUCACCAGGAAGAUAUGAAAUCAUGAAUUUUAAACAAAUGGGGAAGGACUACUUUGAUUAUAUCAAUGUUGGCAGCUGGGACAAUGGUGAGCUGAAAAUGGAUGAUGAUGAAAUAUGGUCAGAGAAAAGUAAUAUCAUCAGAUCUGUUUGCAGUGAACCCUGUGAAAAAGGCCAGAUAAAGGUGAUCCGUAAAGGAGAAGUGAGUUGCUGUUGGACCUGCACUCCUUGUAAAGAAAAUGAAUAUGUCUCUGAUGAAUACACAUGCAAAGCCUGCCAGCUUGGCUCCUGGCCCAACGAGGACCUCACAGGCUGUGACCUCAUCCCAGUCCAGUAUCUCAGAUGGGGCGAUCCCGAACCAAUUGCAGCUGUUGUUUUUGCAUGCCUGGGUCUGUUGGCCACGCUGUUUGUUACAAUUGUGUUCAUCAUGUACCGUGAUACUCCAGUGGUCAAAUCCUCCAGCCGAGAACUUUGCUACAUCAUUCUGGCCGGCAUAUGCUUGGGUUACUUGUGCACUUUCUGUCUGAUUGCAAAACCUCAACAGAUUUACUGUUACCUUCAGCGAAUUGGCAUCGGCCUCUCGCCAGCAAUGAGUUAUUCUGCUUUAGUAACUAAAACCAACCGCAUUGCAAGAAUCCUGGCUGGAAGCAAGAAGAAGAUCUGUACAAAGAAACCUAGAUUCAUGAGUGCCUGUGCCCAGCUGGUUAUUGCAUUUAUCUUGAUAUGUAUACAAUUAGGCAUCAUAGUUGCCCUCUUUAUAAUGGAGCCACCAGAUAUAAUGCAUGAUUACCCAAGCAUUCGAGAGGUCUACCUGAUCUGUAACACCACCAACUUGGGUGUUGUGACUCCCCUUGGAUAUAAUGGGUUAUUAAUUUUGAGCUGCACCUUUUAUGCAUUUAAGACAAGAAAUGUCCCAGCUAAUUUCAACGAAGCAAAAUAUAUUGCCUUCACCAUGUACACCACCUGCAUCAUUUGGCUGGCUUUUGUGCCAAUAUAUUUUGGAAGCAACUACAAGAUAAUCACCAUGUGUUUCUCAGUGAGUCUGAGUGCCACGGUGGCCCUUGGCUGUAUGUUUGUGCCCAAGGUCUACAUCAUCCUCGCUAAGCCAGAGAGGAAUGUGCGCAGUGCAUUCACCACAUCGACGGUAGUCCGCAUGCACGUAGGGGAUGGAAAGUCAUCUUCAGCUGCCAGCCGCACCAGCAGCCUGGUGAACCUGUGGAAAAGAAGGGGAUCAUCUGGUGAAACGCUUAGGUACAAAGGCAGGAGACUGGCCCCCCCGAACAAGUCGGAAAUAGAGUGUUUCACCCCAAAAGGGAGUAUGGGGAAUGGUGGGCGAGCUACAAUGACCAGUGAAGAAUCUGUUUGCAUUCCAGACUGUAAUCGAUCUGAGUCAAGUAGAGAGGAGAAAAAGGUUCCUGUUAAAGAGGAUGCCCUAACAGUCAAAAAGACUGAACACUAUGUCAGUCUAAUAGUUCCAAAGCAAGACUGUCAGCUGCAAGACCUACUCAAACACUCUAAUGGGAAAUCAGUUUCCUGGGCCCAGAAUGAGAAAAGCAGCCGAGGAGCACACCUUUGGCAGCGGUUGUCAGUCCACAUCAACAAAAAAGAGAACCCCAACCAAACUGCAGUGAUCAAGCCUUUUUCUAAAAGCACAGAUAGUAGCCGACACAGUAGCAGCGCUACAUUUCCCGAGGCGAGUGCCAAAACGCUUUAUGACGUUUCGGAAGCCGAAGAGCAAUACCCGGCUCAGUAUCGACCACAGACACCCUCACCAAUCAGCACUUUGAGCCACAGAACUGCCUCUGUCAGCCGAACAGAAGAUGAAGCCCCUACCUUCCAGUCAGAACCUCCUCAGCGAAGUAGCUCCUCUCAAGGCUCCCUCAUGGAGCAGAUCAGUAGUGUUGUUACUCGCUUCACAGCCAAUAUCAGUGAGCUGAACUCCAUGAUGCUUUCAACACCUACUCCAGGGACAAUGGGGGCUGCUCCUCUCUGCUCUUCAUACCUGAUUCCACGGGAAAUCCAGCUCCCUACAACAAUGACCACACUUGCAGAGAUCCAACCGCUUCCUGCCAUUGAAGUCAAUGGCGCUUCACAGUCUGCUAGGAAACCUUCAAAUGACAGCAUUAAAGAAGGCACUUCAGAGACCCCAACAGCCAAGCAAGACCUGGAGGAGUUGGUGGCUUUAACUCCUCCUUCUCCUUUUAGAGACUCCAUCGAUUCUGGAAGUGCAUCUCCCAGCUCUCCAGCUUCUGAAUCAGCUCUCUGUAUCCCGUCCUCCCCCAAAUACGACACACUCCUCAUCAGAGAUUAUACUCAAAGUUCUUCUUCGCUGUGAAUGUAGUUCAAGACGAUGUUGGAGCUCAACAACUACAAGCAAGUAGUGAGGGGACAGCCAUGUCUUCAAGAUCUCCAGUGUUUACGCAGGCAGAGUGAGAGGCAUUGGGUCAUCUUGUGAGGAAUGGAGGGGAAGAAGAGGAAUCACUUGAAAGGUGGAAACAUCAGAUUAAUUAUGCUGAUUUAAAGACAAAAUGACUCUUGGCAGAUUAUCGUGGCCUUAAAAAAACAUGGGCUUUUCAGAAACACUGAAUCUAUUUUUGAGGGCUUAUAAGGAGUCUAUUAAUCCAGUUACAUACCAAGUGCUUUGCUUUAGUAUUACAAUGAACUGUGUGUACAAUAUAGGGGACGAGGGGAACUAGAUUGUAAACAACUGUACAAUGGUUUGUUUGUUUACUCCGAUCCCUUGCCCAGAAGUGAACCUUGAUCUUUUAUCAAGAAUAGAAGACCAAACGUUGAAUGUACAUUUUCUAACAGACUCAAAUCUGGGACCAACCUGUCAAGCUUUCUUUCUUUUUUUUUUCUAUGAAGAUCACAAAAAGCAGUAAUGUAUGUUACUACAAAACAUUUUGCUGAAGAAUAUUGUGUCUGUGAUACGUUACACGUGGAUAACACUAAUCUGAGGCUUUGCAGUGAGUGACUGCAAUAAGGAGGGCUUUACAAAUGACUUCUCAACCUACACAUUUGUUUAUGAAAUUCUCUUCUAUCAGUAUCAAAUUUCAAUUUGUUAACAUUGGAUUCACCUUCACAGCAACAAAACCCAAGGAAGAUUUCCUGACUAUUUCACCAUGUUGCCAACUAAUAUUGAAGUAGCAAAAAAUAUUUUCUGGAGUACUGUUUUGUAAUUCCCUUACCAGGGCAAGUUGUUGAGAUGAAUAUUCUCUUUCUAGCAGCACUACCAAGCUAUAUUAUAGCUGUACUCCCUAGUGAAAUUAACACAUUUUUAUGGACAUCCUCAUGAUAAUGUUACCAGUUAAAAUACUUAUUCAGACUCACAUCUUUGCUUGUAACAAACAGGUAAACACCCUAAGGAUUUUCUCCAUUUUUUGAAUGACAGAAUUAUAGGAUACCAAUGUGGAUUAUGAUGAUUAUGACAAAUGCUAACUGUCAGUGGGAAAGGUUGUCAUAAUCUUAAUUUAUAUAUAUAUAUAUAUAUAUAUAUAUAUAUAUAUAUGGAAAAGCCCUGUAUCAAAGUCUGCUUAGAGGUGAUUUGCUUAGAGGUGAUUAAGCUACUCUUUAAUAAGCAACAAUUUUACAAUUUGUUUCGCUGCUGAUGCCUUGCAGCGAUGAGCAGUGACAAAAAAAAAACCAAACACAUUCAAAGCAAUACGUAGUAAAGGCUAAAACAAAGAAGACCUAAUUAGAUAUGAACCAACAGAAUCUUUGUUUCUUAGCAACUCACAGAAGAAACAAGGGGAUUCCUCAAAUUUUUCCUAUAUCAAGGUAGUACAGUUUAGUGCACUUCAUAUUGUCACAGCACUUUUUUAACACAGGCAGGGAAGAGUUUUAAAGUUUGAAUAGUAGCUAAAUAAUUUUUGAUAGGUGUAGUUACAUAGAACUUGUAAGUCAAACCCUAAACGCACACUGUAUUUGCUCUCUUCUUCAUGACCUAGCUGUCCUCAGGUGCCAAACUUUUAUGGGUUUGUUUUAUUUUAUUGAAGGAUAGCAUGAAGUGAUGAGUAAUGUACUUCAAUUCAAAGUUGAGUUGAUGUAGCCUUAUAUAGAAGACAGACUCAAGGAAGGGAGCCUUGAAAUAAGGCUGCUAUAUUUUAUUUUCAAAACCUUUAGAUCUUGUUUCUUAGAAGAUAACAAAUAUUUUGUAAUCAAAAUUCAUACCUCCUUUUUCUUCCCCAUGAUCAAAAUAGCUAUUUGAUCAAGUAAGUAAAAGAUGAAAGCACAUUCACAUAUUUUAGCAAAGAGUAUUUUCCAUUCCUUUGGGAUGCUUGUUCCACUAUUAUGUGUUGCACCCCAAUUUGCUGCUCAACAGCAUUUAAAAGUUAAAAGUAAUAGAUGACUGAAUCCAGACCAGCCCCUCACAGAGAUACUCUAGUGACUCUAGAGUCAGGCAAUGUUAUCCAGUUGCAGUCUGGGCAUGCUUGUCUUGUCAGGUACAGUCAUUUAUCAGCUUUGCCUAUAGCAUGAACAGGCAGGUCACAAAACAGCUCUACUCCAGAAGGCAGAUCCCUACACUAAGGCAUGACUGAAGGUCCUUGUUGCCCGUAUGCCUCCUUGCAUGACUGAUCAGCACAGGACGCAGUUCGGUGCAGCUACACGGUUCCCAGACUAGAGCUCAGUUUUUCCCUCUUGGUUCACAGUAUUAGCAUGUCUCAUCAUUCCCUAGCUGUCCAUGUCUUCAGGAAAAAGCAUCUUAUGUCAUAGGUUACAACCCACAUUUAAGAGGAAAGCAUGUCUAAUCAGUCUGUGAUACAAACAUUUUUAUUAGGGGAGUUCAGACCACUUAAAUGUUGUUUAUGGAAGACAUAUAUGAUAAUAUUUGUCUCCCAUCAGUACAAUGUUGUUUUAAUAUAGAGUGUACUGACAUAACUAAUGUGAAUUUUGAAGGGAUUCUAUUACUACCUGUUCUCUCAUACUUCAAACUAUUGACCAAUAUUCUUACAAGAACAUCCUCCACCUUGAUCUUUCCCUAGCAUUUUAGAUCCCCUAUAGUUUUUUCUUAUGGUGGUGGACAAUUAAUAUAAUUGUAUUCCUGCUAAAAUCUGUGGGUUUCACUGCACUGUGAAAUAGUCAGCAGUGGAAAUAAGGAUUAUACAGACAAACAUAAAAACAUUUCCUUAAAUACAAAACUAAUAAAAAGGAGUGAAAAAUAGAAACUGUCAAGCUCAGCAUAAAUAUACCUCUUCUGCUCUCAAACUGCACCAUAGCUAUUGCUCAGAGCUUCCUGACAAUGGUCAUGUAUACUGUCAUGACAAUUUGGGUGAGGAUGUACUAUGUGCCCUGAAUGCAUGUGUUAAGAGACUAAAACCCUAAUGUUGUGCAAUCCAAAUUUUAAACAUUUUUGUUCACUCUCACUUGCAGUGGAGUCAUGUAUCUUUUACAUAUCUAUCAGCCACAGCAGAUAUUUUAAUGGCACAAGGAACCAUGGAUGGACCCUGCUGAGGUAGUACCCUCUUGAAGUCAGUCUAUUUUUAAUAAAAGAUGGGCAACAUUAGAGGCAUUUAAAGAAGGCAGAAUCUUAUUUAAUUGGGCAGACGGGAGUGCAUCAAUGUCAUUUUUUUACUGUGUGUUUGAAUUUCAGCAAAGGGAGGCAAGGUUUUGUGAAGAAGGCAAAAAUGGUGUAAUGCCUGUAGUAAUAAUCCAGAUUAUCCCAGUGGGAGAUUUGCAACACUGGAAAGUUCUUUGGGAGAAGCCAGUGGGUUUGACAUAAGAGAAAAAAAAUAUUAAUGACACACAUAAUGACUUCAUUAUUCUGUUUGUAUGCUAGUCUCUGUUUAGGACAUUAAGAUAGAGUGUCAAGGGUUUUCAGAUAUAAAUGCAAAAGUUAAAAUCAUGAACACUUUUCACUCUAACUAAUUAAUGUGCAAGUACCAACUGAAUGGCUUGAAAUUUGCCUUCCAGUAUAGUGCUGCUGGCACAAAGGGAAUUAAAGGAUUUGAAACUACUGUCAUUCUUGACCACAUGGACCUCAAAAAAACCCUCUGAUUUCUUUUGUGCUUGAGGCCAACCCUAAAGAGUGAUGGUGUAAUCACCUCUGGAUCUAUGCUUUUGAAAUAAAGUGUGUCACUCUGGCAGGCUACUUGGAAAGGCGCCUUUGCAAUACUGAAGAACUGUAUUUUUAAAUUGUCUCUGAAGAAUUAUUGCAUGACUUUGAAGAUGUGCUUCCUUGUACUUCUAUCUGAACAUUUGGUGCCUAGACUCAUGCAGAUACCUUAGACUAGAGAUUUUUAGACCACAGUCCACAAAUCACUUGUUCAUGAUUCAUGGAGCCUGGUAGAUCACAAGGUGCUGGCUUCUUUCAUUGAUUUCCAGCUACAAAAGUGAGAUAUAAACUAAAUCCUAAUUCAAGAACUGUUAAAAGUCCUAAAAGAAAAAAAAAAAAAAAAAAAAGUUAGUUUGCUUGGAUGUUUGUUCAGUUGCUAUGUUUAUAAAAGGAAAACUUUUGUGAAAAACUGAGAGAAUGAGCUAUCAAAAGAGAGUAAACAGGAAGCCCAAUCCAUGACUCUCACUCUGGAUGAUAGAGGAGUUCCCUUGCAAAUAUUUUCUUUAAUGUGCAAGACCAAACUGAAAGACAGCAUAGAUGUGGGUGUAAGUUCUGUAAAGGAAAGUGUGCAACCUUGUUAUUCUGCUUAAUACAUCAUUUAUGAGGUGAGAGGAUAAAAGAUGACAGCAACAGACAGCAUAAAAAAGUCAGUUCCUUAGGGAAAUCAGAGCACUAUGCUCAGGACUCACAGUGUGACCAUGAUUUUUUUAUUGUAUUGGGGACCAGUGUUAGGUCUGGUUUGGCUGACCCCCCAAAAGAAAGACUUUGGAGCCUAAGAUUAGGAUUUCAGUAGAAUUUAAUACCUACAUUUCAAACUCAAUUUUAAAAAAGCUAUUAAAAUGCCACCUUCCUCCAGCAUCUAACAUAGUGUGUCUUUGUAUGCUCAGAACUAACCUGAUCAUCACACAUCUAAGGAUCUUUGUACCUAACUCAUAUUAAAACCCAUCAAGGAUGCAGAAAACACAAGAGAGGACACAGAAUGUACCAGUUUCCUGGCUGGGGAGUGCUCCAAUAACUCAGUGUUGAGAUAACCUUUGUUCAUUUCCCCAGGGAAUCUUCACAAGACAGGGACAAAUUCAAGAGUAUUGCAGUGGAAAAGGAACAAUGCAACCUGAUAAGACAUACAUUGAAUAAAAUUAGAGAUGAUAUAUGACAAUUUAAUAUAAAAUACUUUAAAAAUUUCUGGUGCAGAGACGAGGUAUUUUAGCUCCAAAGAAGUGGAGGCAACCUUUUGUCUGUGAUGCGUAUUGGCUAAAAAAAAGUUAAAUGCUUCCCUGAAAAUGUUUUUGUGACAGGAGGAAGGAUGUACCUUUUGAUAACUUUUCAUCUGCAGAAAUCUUGUCUUCCAUUCAGAGUUCUCAACCCCAGCGUAGAAAAGAGAGAUUGAGUCUUCUUGGAUAGAUGAAGGAAUUAAACUUGAGUUCCUACUUCUCUGAGACUGCAAUAAAAGGGACUCAUUUAAUUUUUCUCCAGACACCUUUUACAAAGGUGACCUGGCCCAUCUUUGAAACAAAAUGUAUAGAUGUCUCCAGAAAUUGAUCCCAGUGGAAAAUUAACUUUUUCUGCACAUUUCAUUUCCAUACUGGCUCAAAUAAAGUAUUCCUGGACACCUCUUUCCUUGUUGUGCUGCUUCCUUGGGCACUAACUCUUCUCACAAACUCCACAGAAAGGGUAGAUAUUUAAGAAAAGGUCCUGACCUCCACACUAGAGCAAAAAAACUAUAUAUUACACUGAAUAAUUUUAAGUGCUGAAGUUCUUUGCUGGCACUGGCCCUUAAUCUAUUUGGGUCAAUGGAAUCAUUCCAGAUUAAUAUAGAUAUAAAAAUAAUCAAAGUCGAACAGUGCUCACUGAAGUCUAGAUUUUGACUAUUUGUUCUGCAGAAAAUGAUAAUGACAGGAUAUUCUUCCCACUCUCUUUUGAAUCCAACAACAGAUGGAUUAUUUGAGGUUCAUUUUUGAAGCUAGGCUUGGUGAAUAGGUCCUUCCUACCAUUCAUCUUUAUUAGUCCUAUGCUAUCUGGUAUCCCAAUGGGAAAGUUGGCUUCUAACUAAAUAUGUUAAGGGAUGUGAGUGGACAUGUCCAAAAAUACCCAAGAGGUCACAGUUUUCUGGCAGUCUAAUGACUCUCCAAAAAUGAAGUCAAUACUCUCCAUGAACAAGAAAAUCACUAAUCUGCUACCCAUUUCAGUGUGCACUUAACUUACUAAAUACUAAAAGUUGAAUUACCUGAAUUCUUUUUUUUUUUUUUUUUUUUUUUUUUGCGGUGGUUUAUUAUUUUACCCCCAGUUCAAAACUCUCCAAUUGCCACCCACAAUUUUGUAUUGUGAAAAGGAAAAGAUACAGGUCAGUGAAGCAUAAAGGUAAGUAAAAAAUUUAGCUGGGUGAUGAAUUGCUGUAUAUGGCUGGUUUUGUGUCACCUGAGCAAUGGCAGUAUUAACAAACAAUAAACAUUAAGUCACUCCGAUCUGCCAAAUGGGAAUAAAUAUACUAUGUAUAUUACAUGUACUAAUAGGAUUAUAUGGCAGCUGCUGGUGGUAUUUGUAAUUAGAAAUCUAUAUAGAAUAUAGAUGUUUUAGAGAGAUGGUGCCAAUUCCAAAAGAUUUAUGUGGGCUACAAGUGCUUGUAAUUAUUUUUUUUUAAUUUGCUAAUAACUUAUGAAGAACUGGUUUCAAACAUUCUGUGACUGUUUGUUCUUUUUUAUGUUGUUGCUGCUUAUACUAUUAAAACAUAGAGAAUGUAAAGUUAUUAUUUUGAUGUGAACUGAAAAAGAUUUUUCAUAAAAUUUACCAUUUUUAUCAGCUUUGGUUUGCUUUCUACCUGUACAAAUGUAAUUUAUUUUAGCAUUGAAGAAUACACUUGCUUGUUUCUCAAUUGUCUACAUCAUGUUAUAGUUGGUGUUUAUGUAGUCAGGUACUUUUUGAACAGUAUUAAAAAGAAUCUGUGAUAUGACUGAAAA